AUGAAAUUGAAAGCGAAAACUAAUACAGAGGAUCGAUCCACUCAUAAGAAUGUCAUUCCUGGUACUUCAAAAAUCAUGGUAAAGACUUAUGAUGAGAGUUUACCAGGUGCCUCAAUUAUGCUGUUAGAUAAACCCAUCCGACACUACAAUCAGACUAGACAUCAUAAACUACCUGAAGGUAGUCUGUCGAUGAUUUUUACAUUAGAUCAUGAUAAUCAUUUAAAUCGAAGAAAACAGGAUGUUCCAGGAACUUCAACUAUACGAAUAUCAACUAAAAAAUCUAAUUUUAUAAAUUCUGAUACUGAUCAAAUCAAAUAUCCUGAAUUGACGGGUCGAAGAAUGUUUCAGGUUAAUAAUCCAAGAAAAGGUAAAACCAAUAAUGAUACUUCUAUUAGUAAUGAUUUCAAGAUUACAUCUCAUAUAAACAACCAUAGAAUAGUAAAGAAAUCAAGAAUAAAAGGAGGGGUAGACCAGAAUGAAAUCAUAUUACAAAUCAAUCAGGAUAAGAAGGUAGAUAAUCAUUAUUAUAACACUUUAUCAGCCAUGCCAUCCACCACAUUUAAGCCAGUAUCGAAGUAUCCUAAUAGUUCAGAAAGGAAAGAUAUUCAAAUUAAACAUAAUAAAUCGGCGGUACGAAACCAAUCACAAAGUCCCGACUCUAAUACAACCAGUAGUGCUAGUAAUCAAGGUAUAUCUUUUAAGUAUAAAUUACCGAAUCAUACAAAGGAGGUAACACCUGGUACGUCAGUUAUAUUCCAUACUGAUAGUAACCAUGGUACAAAUGAUGGAUAA